AUGUUCUCUGUUGUCAUUCCCGUUUAUAAAAAUGAGGGAUCUAUUCAUCGACUACUCAAGUCACUAACUGAUUUGGCUCGUGGGAUGCCAGGGAAGAUGGAAGUGGUUUUUGUUGUGGAUGGUAGUCCGGAUCAGUCGUUUUCGAUGUUGCAGGAUGCAUUGCCAAAAUUGGAGUUUCCUGCGCAAUUAUUGGCGCACUCUAGAAAUUUUGGAUCUUUUCCAGCAAUACGUACUGGAUUGAAGGCGGCCAAAGGUGAAUAUUUUGGGGUGAUGGCUGCCGAUUUGCAAGAGCCACCGGAUUUGAUGAUUGAGUUUUUCAGUGCAUUGAAAUCCGAUGAAUGCGACGUUGUCAUAGGUUCAAGAGUUCGUCGCAAUGAUCCCUGGACUUCCCAGUUGGCUUCCAGGAUUUUCUGGAGAAUGUAUCGACGCUUGAUAGUUACCGAGAUGCCAGAAGGCGGUGUCGAUGUUUUUGGUUGCAACAGGGUGUUCAAAGAGCAUUUGUUGAAUCUCACCGAAUCCAGGUCUUCUUUGGUGGCCUUGAUUUUUUGGUUGGGGUUUCGUCGGAAAAUAGUUGGUUAUGAACGGCUGAUUCGUGAAGAGGGUUCUUCAAGCUGGACUCUGAGAAAAAAAAUAGAUUACAUGCUGGAUAGCAUCUUCGCAUUCACCGAUUAUCCAAUCAGACUUUUGACACGCAUAGGUUUAUUUGGAUGUGUGAUGUCGACGGUGAUUGCGCUGAUUAUAUUAAUCGCCCGCCUUACCCAUCAAAUUUCCUUGCCGGGAUAUGUUCCAAUAAUGUUGAUAGUGCUUUUUUUCGGAGCUUUAAAUAUCUUCGGAUUGGGUUUGGUGGGGACCUAUGCAUGGCGCGCAUACGAGAACAGCAAACAGCGCCCCCUGUCUGUAGUCGCUGUUGAAAUAGAUAAUUCGAAAGUUUAG